UGGCGGUAGUUAUCCGAAAUCCAAACAAAAACACGCGCCUUUUUCUACUUACGUUUCAUUCAGUAAAAACUAACCACACAUUUGUCAGCUGUUUACGUUAUAUUGACAAGCCAGCAUAAAAGAGCUUGAGUGUCGUCCAAGUGUAAGAGGAACUGUUUCAUAGCAGGAUCACUGGAAAAUAUAAAUUUAAUUAUAAAAUUAAUUUAACAUGGCGACGAAGCGAGUGAGCUUGGAUGAAAAACGCUCACGUAUGCUGCAAUUAUUUUAUGAAAAAAGGGAAUUUUUCACAUUAAAAGAAUUAGAAAAAAUAGCGCCCAAGGAAAAAGGAAUCGUUGUGCAGUCGGUCAAGGAUAUUGUUCAAGCUCUAGUUGAUGAUGGGAUUGUUCAAUCAGACAAAAUCGGAUCUGCUAUUUAUUUUUGGGCUUUUCCUGGAGAAAAUAUUACGACAAUCGAGAAAAGAAUUGCGGAGACGGGAAAAAAUAUCGUUGCAGCAGAAUUCAAGCUACAAAAACUAGACGCUGAAUUACAAAAACAAAAGGAAGAAAAAACAAAUAUUGAAGAAAUCAAACAAGUGCUGGAGCAAUUGGAGCAGCUAAAAGCCAAAGAAGCCGAAUUGAAGUCACAGGUCGCCAAAUUCAGCGAGUAUGAUCCUGAAGUGAUUGAACAAUUAUCCCAAAAAACUGAGAAAUAUAAAGAAGCAGCAAAUACGUGGACGGAUAAUAUUUUUGCAAUCCAAAGCUGGUGUAAAAACAAGUUCGAUAUAAAUACAGAGACUCUCAACAAACAGUUUCGUAUUCCAGAAGAACUAGACUACUUGGAAUGACAGAUCAGCUUAAAAUUUAAUUAAUAAUUCCACACUUACCAUUCUACUAAAAUUCCUUUAA